AGAAAUCAUCUCCACUUGAACAGUCAGAUCAUACACACAACAAUGUUGUCUGCUGCCAUCUUCCUUGCUGGACUUGCCACAGUCUUCGCCAGUGGCUACGGAUCUCGUUGCUAUGACUGCAACUAUGCCCCAUCUGGUUACACCAAGCAGGUAAACUACUGGACCAGAGUGUCCUCUAAUGCAGGAUAUGCUGGAUGUGCCCUCGCCAAAUAUGGAGAUGCCGAGUCCCUCGACAAAUGGAGCUGUGCUUCCGGAGAGUGCUUCAUCCGUAAAGACCCCAAUGGUCUUGUGUACCGUGGCUGUGCUAACAAGGAGAACCUUCCCCUUGGAGUGUCUACCUACAAGCAAUGUGCCAACCAGGCUGGUUCUCUCUGGUAUUUCUGCAAGGGAGAUCUCUGCAACAGCAAACAGCUUGGAGACUAUGGAGUCUGUGGAUACAAGCCAUCUUACUAUUCCUCUUACCCAAAUCCCUGUGACGGCAAAUGCUACAACAACCCAAGUGGUCUUUUCGCUGACAAAUACAACAAGAAUGGUUUCAUCCAGUGCGGAUGUGACUACAAAUAUGGCAAAGCCUGUAUCUGCUGCAAGCCUUUCUUCAUGAAGUGCCCAUAUGGAACUGCUUUUGAUGAUUCCACCAAGGUAUGCAGCAAGGCUGCCUACAGUGCCCCAGUAUACAAAGCCCCUGAGCCAGAGUACAAAGCCCCUGAGCCAGAGUACAAGGCCCCUGAGCCAGUCUACCACGCUGAGCCAGCAUACGAGACUCCAUCUUACGGAUACCAGGCCCCAUCUUACGGAUACCAAGCCCCAUCUUACGGAUAUACUGGAUACAACCAAUACAACAACCACUAUUAA